CGAAGCGACGCCGACACAUGAAUGGCAGCGCGCGCUGCUGAUGGUUUCUUAGCGGCAUUUGUACAUUGAUUUUGUUUGGGAGGUGGUUGAAUUGUGAUUUGUGUUCAAUUUGUAUAAUAUAUUUUAGAUAGAUAUAUUUUGAAAAGCGCCACAGCCACAAAAUGCCACGGGCCGCUAAACCAAAAGCAGCGCCAGCCAAGAAGCAAGCCAAAAGCAAAUUGUAUGCCAUGCCCGAAAAACUGAAGGAAAACACAAUUCUUACCGAUCUGGCAAAGGGACAAUGGCGAAUUGGGCCCUCGAUUGGCAUCGGUGGCUUUGGCGAAAUUUAUGCGGCUUGUCGCAACGGUGACAAGCAAUUUGAUGCCGUUGUCAAAUGUGAGCCACAUGGCAAUGGACCACUCUUUGUGGAGAUGCAUUACUAUUUGCGCAAUGCCAAAUUGGAGGAUAUCAAUAAUUUCAAGCGUCAGCAAUCCCUCAAAUCAUUGGGCAUGCCCCACAUUCUGGCUAAUGGCUCGACGGAUAUAAAUGGCCAUAAGCAUCGAUUUAUUGUGAUGCCACGUUACGGCAGCGAUUUAAGCAAGUUCUAUGUCCAGAAUGGCAAUCGUUUGCCCGAGGCGACUGUCUAUCGUUUGGCCCUACAAAUGCUCGAUGUAUAUCAGUUUAUGCAUAGCACUGGAUAUGUCCACGCUGAUCUCAAGGCAGCCAAUAUUCUGCUCGGCAUGGGCAAGGGAGGCGGCAGUAGCCAGGCUUAUCUGGUUGAUUUUGGAUUGGCGUCGCAUUAUGUGACUGGGGAUUUUAAGCCGGAUCCGAAGAAGAUGCACAACGGCACCAUUGAAUACACAUCGCGGGAUGCACAUUUGGGUGUGGCCACACGACGUGCGGACCUGGAGAUACUCGGUUACAAUCUGAUUGAAUGGCUGGGCGGCGUGUUGCCUUGGGUCAGGGAGAAACUGCUGGCAGUGCCACAGAAAGUGCAAAAGGCCAAGGAGGCAUUUAUGUCCGAUGUUGGCGCCGCACUGAAGCCACUCUUUCCCCAAGGCGUGCCAGCAUCCAUCUCAGAGUACAUGAAGUAUGUAGCCCAGCUGAAGCACAACGAGGCGCCCGACUAUGACAAAUGUCGCAAAUAUUUCCACAAUGCGCUCAAGCAAAUGAGAGUUACAAAUAGCGGUGAUUUGGACUUUAAACUGAAGCCGCUGAUCAGCAACAGCAGCAAAAACAAUAACAAUAGUCCACCAUUAGUGAAAAAGGCGACGAUUAAAAAGGAAGCAUCGCUGAUCGUUGACUCCUCCUUUAGCGAUGAUGUGAUCCUUGCCAGCGACGAUGACGACGAGAACUGCAUUUCUCAAUCUACGCCGCGUCGAAAGCUGGCAGCUAAGGCAAAGGCAAAGGCAUCAAUCAAACAGCCGCCCACAAAAACAACGCCUCCAAUUCGCAAAGCGGCGCCCAAAUCAUCGACUUCAGCUUCGCCCAAGAAACGUGAAGCGCCGCGAUCCGCGUCACCCAGUAAGCGACCUAAAUUGGAUGGUAAUGCGAAUGCUAAGAUCAACUUUAGUCCGGCGCUCUCCUUGCGUGCUGGGCGAGCUGGCCGCGCUGGCAAGACGGUGAUCAAUGAUGAUUUGACGCCGCAGCCGCGCUCCAACAAAACGUACGAGUUCAACUUUGAGCUGGACGUGAGCAUGGACGCCAAUGUCAUUGUGAAUGUAAAACGCAAAAAGAAGCCGCAGCAGUCGAACAGCAUUAGCAAUACACCAAGUACACCAAGGACACCGAGGACACCCAAGACACCACCAACAUCACAGCCCAGCGGCCGCCGAAUGGCGACGCCAACCACUCGCGUCAAUUUGCGCAAAGUGAAGGGCGGCGCCGAUGGUAUCACAUCGCCAAAUCCAUCUUCCAGCUCCGCACGUAGUCCACGCACACCCGCGGUCACCGUUCGAAAAUAUCGUCGUUAAUUGUUUCACUCGAUUUACAAAUUUACUUUUGGUUAUUGGUUCUUUUUACAAAACAAAAAAGGAACACAAAAAAUAUUUUUCUAUAACGCGUAACUUAAUAAAAUGCUACUUGGCAUAAUUAAUUUUGAUACUCUA